UUCGAUUUGGACAAACAGCUCAGGAGGAUUCAUAUUCACUUUGUUCCACUAAAUCUUAUGCAUGUGGAAAACAGGCACCCUCUCAUACGAAGAAUUCGAAAAUGUACUCUUCGACUUCUUGGAAAGGGCUAGAAAAGUUGGAGAUUCUUGGAAUCUGGAAUAUGCUAAGGGAAAACGAAAAGUGAAGUACCUUACCAAAACACAAGUGCAGCUGGGUUUUGAUAAAGCAAGUGAAGCAGAUACAGAGGAAACUUGUGCAGAGGAUAAGAACUGGGGUGUGGAGGAAAUCGACAAUGAUUGUGUAACUUCUGGCCAGCUAGAGUCAGACAUGAACAAAACAUUUCUGAAGUAUGAAUAUCAUGUUAUCUACAGCACCAGUUAUGGUGUCCCAGUGCUUUAUUUUACUGCAAGCAGACAAGGAACAUCCUCACCUUGGGGUUCCAUUUUACCAACUUCAUCCUUGUCACACCGCAGAUAUGAUGAAGAAAAUUGCAGGUGUCGCUGAAGAUCAAGAGGACAAUGUUUCUGCAAACUACCUUGUAACAUGGCUGAGUACAGUUGGACCAGUUGUGGGCCUGAAAAUUCCCACAGAAUACUCCACAUAACAUUGGCUUAACACAAGAAAAUCUGAAUACUCUGAGAAAUAGUAGAGCAAUGAAGCCCAAGUAAGCCUGGGACCAGUUACCUUACUGGUUUGGCUGUGAGAAGAUAUUGUCUUAAAGGCCUUCUAACAGCAAGCAGGAAAAUGAACACCAAUUUUUUUGGAUUGGUCCCCUGGGGUGGGUCGUUCAAAGCUGGGUUAAGAUAACCAGUGGUUAAUGUGAAAUCUGAUUUCAGAUCUAAUAACUUUAAAAGUCAAAUUCUUUUCAUCUAGAAUAGGACUAUUUCAUGCUCUAGAAAGAACACAGGAAUUAUCCCAAAAAGGCUUUUGAAUAAAGGAAUGAAGAAACCCAGAUUAAAAUUUAACCUUGGGUUAGCACUAAUCAGCCUUCAAACAACUGGGCCCAGGUUCACAAAUUACUUUUUUUUUCACCCAAGUCCUCUUCUGUGAUGCAGGGAUCAUGCCAAAGUAAAACACAUUUACUUUGCCAUUAUUUUUUUUUUUGACAUGUUUUCACAUGCUGAGAUUACAUGAAAAAUGUUUCAUAAUCUGUAUGCUUGAGGUGCAAAAAUUUGUUCUUGUCCAAAUUCUUUCUUGGUGCCAGUUUGUAAACAAUGAGAAUAUUAAAAAUAAAAUAAUUUGGUUAAAUGUUGGAACAUCCUUGGUUUUACAAGAGACACCUCUUAAGGCAGCAUUCAAGUUUCCCACUUGAGUUGAGAUGCUUUAAGACACAGAUUGUUACAGUUUAAA